AUGUGGUCGUCGGCCGAGACGGCCGUGGGCGUCGUCUACGUCAUGUGCACGCUUCUUGGCGGCGUCUGGUAUCUUCGACUCCUGACGCCGAGCUUCGCCAACGAUCUCUGGUGGCCCGGGUACAACCUCUCGGUGCACCAAGCCUUUCUCGUCGAUGUCGUCAACCAAAUCCUACAGACACAAGCCAACGGCACCUUUGACGUGCUUGCGCCGAUCGCUCUUGUCCCCAAGCGCUACGACGUGGGGGCCAACCACGCAUCGUUCUACCUCCCGUACAUACACGAGCAGCUUUUAACGCCACAGACGUCGUUCCAUCUCGUCGUGCAAGAGCUCCGUGCGCUCUCGGCCUACUGGGCCUUUCGCAUGAACGUGCAGUACUGCUGGGUCGACUUGAACAAGACGUUCGAAUUGGCCCACACGGUCGCGCGUCAAGGCCGCUGCGCGCGCAUCUACUCGACCAACGCGGCCGUCUACCUCGAGACGAUGCUGCGCAACCAAGACUGGUCCGCGAUGCAGGCCACAUGGGGCGGCAACGGCAUUCGCUUCAACGUGGCCAUCGAGCGCGGGCUCCAAGAAACCAGCCACGGCCGCAUGCUCUUAUCGGACAUGGCGAGUGCGAAGACGAGAACGUCGGUGGACGCUGAAGUCGCCUACUGGCAAUCGUUCGACGUAUCGCAUUAUACGCUGCAGUGGCAAAACCGGUGGGGCGCCGGUGUCGCCGAGACUCUAUUGCUUCAAAACGCGUUUGGGAUGACGCAGCAAAUCACACUCAAGGCGCUCGACCAGAUCACGGGGCCGUGGUCCUCCCAGACGAUGUUUUGGAUCCCGAUCCAGGACCUCUUUAGCGCCAUGGUCAUGAACCGCAGCUUGGUGCGCGGCACGAGCCGGUACUUUGGCGCCAACACGUCGGGCCUGCCGGCCGUGAACUUGGAGGGCUACCGCGGCAUCAACGUCGGCUCGGGCGUCGCGCACCGCUUCCACGAGUCGAUCGGACCGUUCCUCUCGGUCGACUGCCUCUACGUGUCACCACCACGAGUGCUGUGCGACGCGUACAACCGCUUUAUCGACCUCCUACACACAGAGCUCCAAGCCUCCCAUCGGCUCCGCGCCGCGUUCUAUGACAGCACCACACCGGUGGUCGCACCGAUACCAGCCGGUUGGCGCAACCGGUCUGCGUACUUUGGCGGCGAUCCCAUGUGCACGUCGGGCACGGCCACGUCGUUUGUGCAGCAGUCGUUCGACUUUUACGACGCUUGCACGAGCGCCGUGCCGCUGACGCUCUCGCCGUCACCCAGCGCGCUCCUGUGGGCGACCUUGGCCACGAAUGCAACCACAGCGCCUCCGUGGCUUCCGACCCAUUGGCCGACGAUGACCGUGCCCGAGGACCUUGCCGCGAUGGUAGCCGCGGUUCCGUUGGCGGUGCAUACGCUCAACGUCUCGCUCAUGCAGUACGCGGCGAGCAGUGGCCACAACAUGGACCUCUUGCUCCAGCCAUUGCUGGGCGACCCGACGACCGACCCGCAUUGGCACGCGGCGGGCUGGUGCUUCCUCUUUGAGUGGGCCCUCGGUCAGCGCGAGGUUGUCGCGUUUGCUGGCGACGUCUCGACCUUGGUGCUUCUCUCGAAUGCCUAUCCCACCCAAGCCUACAUUGCCAGCGAUGCGAGCCUCCAAUCGGCGACGCAGCUCGUGCUUACCAUGGUGGGUAUCUCGUCCAUGAUGCUGCUUCUCGCUGGCGCGGCCGCCCUCGUCGGUGUGAGUCUUGCCAAGGGACGAAUUGUCGGGCGCAACCUCUUGUACUUGAACCGCGUUGUCGGUGCCGUCUGGAUGGGCCGCCCGCUCGCGCUGAUUCGAGGCGUGAGCGCAAUUCUACUGCUCGCGACCGCCCAAUUGCACCUCGUGACCGAAGCAACCCAUAUGACCACGCGCCUUAAGGCAUCGCCACGGUCAAUCUUCGACACUUCGCUUCUCGCCGGCGAAGCCACGUGGGUGUCGUAUGUACUUGUCGACGUUGCUGUUGUUGUCGCGCGCGAGGCCGCGCCUUUGGCCGGUGCGCUCAGUGCGUGCAGUAGCUGGCUCUUUACACUUGUAUUGACGGUAUUGGUGCCCGUGGCCAUGGACCUACGCCUCGACCGGCGCUGCUCGCCCGACGACAUGGACUACGGCCUCGUCUGCACCUCGGGCGUGCUCCAUGUAGGCAGCUACGACCGUACGUUGCUGCUUCUUGGCGCGCAAGCGGUCUCGCUUGCGAUGGCGUUGGUGCUGACUCUGGCGUGGCGACGGCCGUCGCUCGACAUGCAUCGCAUCGUUCGCCUUGUCGGGAUGCCCGACGUCUUGAUGCGCCCGCUGGCGAAGACGACCCGCUUUGAUCUACCGACGUGCUUGCUCUGCGGCCUCGUGCCUCUCUCGUCCCAGCGCGUGUUUGACGUGACGCUCUGGGGACUUUACGACAAUCGGUUCUCCGUGUCUCGCCGCAUCGGGCUGCAUCCGAAAGUUGCUCGCGACGCCACUAUGGUGGUGCGUGGGCCAAGACUGCACUGGACGUGGUCCAGCGUCGUUGCGAGCAUCCGGAAUCGCAGUCGACGCUUCAUGACACUGGUUGCUCUGGCCAACAUGGUAAUUGCCGUAGUCAGCAGCGUCUCAUACUUUGAAGUCUCGCAGGUCAAUCUCGCCAACGACUACUACUGGGCCAACUUUAACGUCACGGGCGCCCACGCGUUUUUCGCGACCUGGCUCAACGAACAGCUCGUGCUCGGUCUGCAAAGCGCAUCACCGCUGCUGGAAGCACCGAGCGUGCUGCAAGAGGCUUCGUUUGCAGCCGAGACGGCGUAUGUCUUGGCCCCGACCAACUAUGGCGCGAUGCUGCAGCACGCAGAACUCGACACGAUCGAAGAGGCCAUUGCCGGCCUCCGGGCCUCGGACGCCUGCAUGGCCCCCUGGAUCUUCUCGCCCUACUGCUUUCUCGAUUUUGAUCGGACGUUCGAGGUCGCCUACUCGGCAGCGCGCCAAGCUCGCUGCCACGCCAGCAUGCGAGCCAACGGUGCCGUCUACCUCGAGUCUCUCUUGCGCAAUAUCGACUUCCGCGACUGGACGGCAUGCUGGGGCAGUGCGUUUGAAACCGCGUUCGCUCGGGACCUGCGCGGGUCCGUGGCCGGCCAGAAGUGGCUCGAUAUGGUAUCGGCGAGUCCAUUGCCCCUAUCAGUUGAAGUCGCCUACUGGCGCCAACACGGAGUCGAGCGCUACGACACGCAGUGGCAAAACUACAAGCGGAUCGGCGUCAUGAACAGCUACUCGAUCACGAAUGCCUACGGCGUGUCGAACGAUUUGACGCUCAUGGCGCUCAACGGUACCUACCGCGUCGACCGCCAGACAACAUACAAGAUGUACUGGUCCCUCGCCAACGACUUGAGUGCGAUCAUGCGCAAUAGCAGUGGCAUUGGAGGACGCAGUCUCUUGCGGAGCAGCAGUCAGUUUGCCUUUCUCAAUACGACACUCCAAGCCGUGUUGAUAGCGAACGGGACGCUGACGUCGCCGCUCCAAAACGGACUGGAGGUCGUCUCGCAGCGACUGGGGCCGUUUGGUACCGUUGAUAUGAUCUACAUCAGCGUGCCGCCGUUGGUGCUGCGGUUUGUCGCCGACGCGAUUCAGCGCCUACGGCACGUACUCGGCCAUACCAACGCCGGUGCCCAAGCAGCUUACUUUGGCAUCUCUCCCGUGGCCAUCUCGUACCCGAUCCCUAGCGUCUGGCUCGACCCGAACGUCGCAGCGUAUGGGAGCUCACCGCUCUGCCCCGAGCUGUCGGCGCCAAAACGGGUCUCGACCGGCCUUGCCAACAUUAUCGGCUUUGACCUCGCCUGCAUCGACAGUUCCCCCAUGCAAAGCAAGGUGGUGCCAACGCGCAUGAUGUACGUCGUGGCCAGCCUUCUCUCGGGGCUGGCGCUCCAGGACAUUGGUCGCAUCAAUACGUCUGCGAUCUGCCGCUAUGACGUUGCCAACGCCGGCAUCUGUCCCGCGUACCUCUUGGCGACCGUGCGCUUUGUCAACGACUACAUGCUCUCGCUCGCGCCUCUUAACGAGACGACGGCGUUCUUGAAAGAGGCGCAGACCGUUCAUUUGCACGUGGUGAGCAUGAACAUUAGCUUGAUGGUAUACGCCAAGCCGGCCAACAACGUCUUGCAGCUCUUACAAGCACCUGUCCUCACCGAUGACGCCUUUGCGUUUUUCGGGUGGACGUAUCUCUUUGACUGGGUGCUCGGGCACCGUGAAGUGAUUUCGUUUCGAGGUGACGCGAGCGCGUCGUCGCUAACGCUUCUCACGGACGCCACACUGCCGCUGCGGCAGCAGGUGCCGGCGUGGCAGGUCACUGGCGACUUUGCCCAGUACUCGCGCGCAUGUGUCUACUAUGUCACGUGCGUUAUGCUCGGUGUCGCGAUCGUCGCGACGGGGUACAUGCUCACGACCCGCGGCCAUUUUGAGGGCCAAAAUCUGCUCAAGUUGGAUCGCAUCGGCGGCAUUGUGUGGGUCGGUCGUCCCGUCUUGUUUCUUCGGAGUCUCACCGCGCUCUGCCUCCUCUCCACGGCCAGCCUGGACCUCGGCACGUCGGGUUUCGUCAGCUACUUUGACCGAACGCCGUUGCCGUUUUACAAGACGCUACUGGCGUCCUGGGAAGUCGCGUGGCUCGUUGUCGUCGUCGACGACAUGGGGCUUGUCGUGACACGCGAACACGCGCGGUGGUACCUCUCGAUCCACUCGGUGGUCGUCUGCUGCGGCGCAGUGUUCUACUCAUACUUUAUUCCGGUCGCGCCGAGUUUGGUUGUUCAGAAGCAGUGCCACGUGGUCGAAAUGGACAUGCAAUUACUCUGCACAUCCGCCGACUCGAUGAUUGGACACGUGCGUCGACUUGUCGGUAUCGUGGUCUGCACGAUCCUGUCGCAUCUGCUCGGGUACAUUCUGGCGCGUCUUGUGAUUGGACCGUUGCGACCGACGAUGGUGACGUCGCGCCUCUUGUCGGCUGGCGCCAAGUACUUGUACAACCACAGUCGCUGCGUCGUACACGGUGUCUACUACCUGGACCGGGCGUCCGCGGCGCUCAAUGGUGUCCUCACGUACCGCCACCAGAACGUCCUGUAUGCAUUCGACAUCAAGCUGUGGCGGAUCCUUGCUGCGCCCGUGCCAGACGACGGGGAUCUGCGAGACGCGCUGCCACUCCCCGAUGGAGUGGUGGGCAAUGAGCCGUGGACGACGUUGUAA